AUAAUAAUAGAGAUUGUCGUAAGAUACUUUGACACCAGUCUUGAUCCCCAUCUUGAUCCAGUACGAUCAAAGUGCAUUAGGCCUAUUAGGCCUGUGUUUUAAAUUGUUGUGAACGAGAUGUAGACCUAAAGUAUGUUGGAUAUACUUCAAGUAAAAUCUCAAAACCUGUAAGUAGUAUCCUAGAGCUCAGGACUAAAAGUUGACAGUUUUCCUGUAAACUAUGAAUCAGUUUAUGAUUGCAAUUUAUCUAUAUCUUACCCAGCAUGCAUUACGCAUAGUGUUUGUUACAACAUAAAUGAGAUCUUUUUUUAUCGAAAUCUCUGUAAAGAAAAACAACGUUGUGAAAAACUGGGACUCAGAUUUUUACGAAGCACAGGGAUGAUCAUAUUUCGGAAUAUACGGUAUUCCAAUUUGAAGUUACUGACAAAUAUCUAGGAAUUGUUACAAAGAAAACAUUAUUAAUGUCCACUCUAUGGGACUCGCAAGAAGAUGGUACCCUCGGGAACUCAAACGAUGCACAUAAACACUACCGGUAUUGAUUUUUAGACGGAAAAAAAUGUGAUAGAUGCUAACCCGUUUUGUUGUUAACUGAAUAUUGGGAAAACCUGGCUUUCCUUGAUUUUCUUCCCUGCCAACUUUUAAAUUGUCAAAAACAUGAAGUAUUUGACUUUAAUCACUUGUCUUCUGUCAUUUGGAAAAGGCUGUCUUGGAGCGGAGGCCGAAGAACGUCUUUUUAAUAAGUUAUUCACGGGUUACAACCGCCUCAUUCGCCCCGUCCAAAAUAACUCGGAGAAACUCAUCGUUAAUUUUAGUCUGACAAUGUCGCAACUUAUUGACUUGGACGAGAAGAACCAAAUCAUGACAACAAAUGUAUGGCUGAAACAGUUGUGGACAGACUACAAGCUGGAGUGGAAACCUGAAGAAUAUGACGGCAUAGAUAUUCUUCGAGUACCCUCUGAAAUGCUGUGGCUUCCAGAUCUUGUUUUGUAUAACAAUGCAGACGGUCAGUACGAGGUGACGCUUAUGACAAAAUGCUUAGUCUAUCCUAAUGGACUGGUCUACUGGCUUCCCCCUGCGAUAUACAAGAGUUCUUGCCAAAUUAACGUCAGGUAUUUCCCAUUUGAUGAACAAAUAUGUAGCAUGAAGUUUGGAUCAUGGACAUACGACGGGUCACUUAUCGACCUUAAUCCUGCGGCAGGGAUGGUGGAUCUCGAAGACUACUGGGAAAGCGGUGAAUGGGACAUUAUUAGCUCACCGGCUACGCGACAGGUUAUUCGUUACCCUUGUUGUGAACAAAUUUACGUAGAUAUUACGUUUGAUUUGAAAAUACGAAGAAAACCGUUAUUUUAUACCGUUAACUUGAUCAUCCCAUGCGUAUUGAUUUCGUUCCUGACCGUAUUAGUAUUCUAUUUGCCGUCAGACUCUGGCGAAAAGAUUACCCUGUGCAUAUCCAUCCUACUGGCGCUUACUGUGUUUCUAUUACUUAUAGCCGAUAUUAUUCCACCCACUUCACUUCUUAUCCCACUUAUUGGCCGAUAUCUUCUCUUUACAAUGGUUCUUGUGACGUUAUCCAUCGUGAUUACUGUAGUGGUUUUGAAUAUUCACUACAGAGCGCCAAGCACUCAUACAAUGAAACCGUGGGUAAAAAAGCUAUUUUUACAAACUUUACCGCCAUUGCUCUGUAUGACAAGACCUAGGAAAUAUCUUGAUAGGAGGGAAAGGCUAGAACAGAUCAAUUUCAACAGAUUCGAAAUGAAAGAGAUAAUUCAUAAGGAUAAGGACAUUAAUAAAUCAAAUGGGCGGGAUUUAUUUGAAAACCACCAUUCCGGUGGGUUUAGUCGCCUGCGACAGAUGGACGACUUGCUUUCCAGUGGGAAAGACAGUCCGAGUUCUACGGGAUCUCGGCAGUUCUCCCGUGAAUUUAAGCAGGCCGUAGAUGGCGUCAAAUUUAUCGCUAACCAUUUGAAGAACGAAGAGGAGUAUGAAAACGUGAGUGAAGAUUGGAAGUAUGUUGCUAUGGUGAUUGAUAGAAUAUUCUUAUGGAUAUUCUUGAUUUGUGUUAUUUGCGGAACCAGCGGAAUAAUCCUAUCAGCACCGUUAUUGUUUCAGCCAUAUGAAACACAAGCAAAAAGUUGAACAGAACACUCGAUUAUUAAAGACAUUCGAACAUUACGAACGUAAUAAAAAUACAAACAAUAUUUUUUCGUGAGUUCUGUAUUGGAUACUAGGUUUUGGAAUCGUUAUCCGGAUAUUUCACUUUCAUACAUAUAAUGAGUUCUUUGUGCAAAAUGCCUUGAAAUUCGAAAUGUAUGAUAAGAGACGAGAUAAUUUUUCACCCAGAUUCCUUGUUUGUGGGAUUUUGAAGGAUCUCAUCAUGUAUUUUAGUGAGAGUGAGUUGACUAAUAUAUCUUAUAUUGAAGGUCAUUAGCAUAUUCGCUGAUGACCUUUAGGUCACCACAGACGAAUAAAAUAUUAUUAAUCGAUAUCAAUAGAAUUGUUUAGAUUUCUAGACGGUUGAUUCACCUAAUUUAUUCCAAUAUAUUAAUUAUUUAACUUUAUUUUGGAAUGCUUCUAUAGAAUUGCUAAAUAAAUUACUUUAUUCGUAACAUAAAAUUGCAAAUAAUUACAGAUAUAUAUCUAUAUAUAUACAUAUAUAUAUGCAUACUUGUAUAUAUACUUAAACUAUAUAUAUAUGUGUAUAUAUAAUAUGUUUAACCUAUAUAUACGUACAUUAUAUACACGUAUAAAUGUUAUAUUUAUGUAAUAUGUAUGUGUAUAUAUGUUUAUAACGACAAGCAAAUUAAUUUUGUUCUGUAGAUUUCACUGUUAAUAUGAGGUAUAUUUUUAAUUACUCAACACAAUUUAAAACUAAAAAAAACUUAGAAGUAGGUAAAUAGUAUCAUCUUUGUAUAUUGCAAAAACUAUUUUGCGAUUACUAUUCAAAAUCCAAAUUAAUCAUUUUUUACAUACGAACACGUCAUUGCAAUUUAUGUGAACUUCACUCUAGUAUAAUCAGUACUAAUGCAAUUAUCUUUAACGCCCAACCACAUUAAUUAUUCAAAUUAGCUGCGUUCUGGUUAGUAAUAAAUUUCAAUUCGCUGCAUUCAUUCAUGAAACACCUUAGAAAGAAAGGAAUGUUAUACUGCAUAUGAAAUUAUACCCAGUAUGUGAAUUUGAAAAUGUUAUUGUAUUGGAAAAUUCCUACAAUCUGCAUAUAAUUUUUUAACCAAAUCGACAUUGAGUUCACAGUGGUUAUUAACAUCAGUUGUAGAAUAACUUACUAUUGCUUCUUAAUACCAUAAAAAUGUUACUAGUUUACAAUUAUAAUUAAAUAAACAUAGCAUUAAUUUGGAUAUUGACAAAAGAGUGGUUUUGCUAUAGCCGAUCUGGUUUAAAAUAAAUAAGGAAAAUGUACACACAGUUACAGCAUAAUAAAAAAAAUACUAGUUUUAGAGGUUCAAGGAAAGAUUAUACAUUUAACAAAGUCAAAGCCUAUUUUCAAUAUGAAGUAUUAUUUUACAAGUUUUCUCUCUUUGAUCUUAAUGAUGACUGGUACUCAGUGAUGUAUCUAGGAGAGGGCGCGGGGCCCCCAAAAAAUUACUCACACCACCCCAGUCGCCCCCCCCCCCAACAAAAACAA